UGAAGCACAUGCCGGACCAUGAAGGGUUCCAAACAUCACGGCCCGAUGAUUUCGCCCUGGAUCAGACACAGCCCCAUUUGAGCCCUUCUAGAGUUGGACAGUGUUCCGCCUCACCUCAGCCAGAAAAUAGAUCCAUAGCCGGGUCAGAGCGACUCAGGAGGACUCGGUUUGAUCAGGCUCCAUUGGACUAUUCAGCCAGCGGCAGUGGUACCGAUCUGAUCCACGAACACACUACAGCCCACUCAGGCAGUAUGGCAGGCGAGCAGAGAGCCGGCGAAAGUCAGAGAGGGGAGAACAACCAAGGGGAGAUUGCAAGUGUCCUCUCAUAUAAUUCCGCCCGCGAUCUUAAUCAACUU